AUGUCAAAGUCCCUGCUCUCCUUCGUCUGGGUCGCAGGUCCCCUCUCCGGCCUCAUAAUGCAGCCCGUCGUGGGCGUAUGGUCGGAUAACUGCACCUCCAGGUUUGGACGACGACGCCCGUUCAUGGUCAUCGGCUCGAUUCUCGUCGGUGCGUCGCUGAUGCUUAUGGCCUGGACUCGCGAGUUUGUCGAACUCUUCAUCUCCACCGAUCCGCUCGCCGCAAACGUCACCAUCGUCGUUGCCGUGUUUUCGGUCUUUGCCGCUGACUUUAGCGUGAAUGCUGUCCAAGCUUGCUGUCGCGCAAUCAUCGUCGACUCCUUGCCAAAGUCAAAGCAAGAGCUGGCCAACGCCUGGGCAGGACGUAUGGUCGCCGUCGGCCAUCUCAUUGGCUUCUACGCCGGUUUCCUCGACCUUCGAAACUACAUCACCUUCCUUGGCGAUACCCAGCUCAAGAUUCUCUGCGCAAUUUCCUCUCUUGCGCUUCUGUUCUGCGUCGGCGUGACCUCGUGGGCGGUCGAGGAGCGCGUACUCACGGCCUCGGACGAAAUCACGAGCAAGAACAGUGUCUACAAUAUCCUGAGCUCGCUGCUGCGAACCGGAUUCCAUCUUCCUAAGCGGAUCCGCCAAAUCUUCACAGUCCAGCUGUUUGCCUGGUACGGCUGGUUCACGUUUUUGUUUUACUCGUCCACUUGGGUCGGUGAGAUCUACGUCCGCUACGACGCAGGCGACCUGUCUGAUUCUCGCGAUUUAGUAGGCGACAUUGGCCGCGUAGGCUCGUUAGCCUUGACGAUCUACUCUAUCGUGACAGUCGUGUGCUCUCUCAUUCUCCCCUUGUUUGUCGUCCCGCCAAACUCAAACAGACAUACGCUAAAGUCCACUUACGAAGGUCUUCCUGAACCGCUCGCCGAGUUUAUGCAUUUCAUCUCGCCUUAUAGACCGACGCUAGUGACGGCGUGGAUCUGCGGACACCUCGUGUACGCGCUGGCGAUGUUUGCUUCGAUCUUUGUCCGAUCGGUCAAAGCGGCCACGUUCAUCAUCGGACUCUGCGGAUUCUCAUGGGCACUAGCUUCAUGGGCUCCGUACGCUUUACUUGCGGAAGAGAUCCGCAAGCUCACAGGCGCAAGCGCUACGAAUUCUGAUGGCUACGAGAGUCUGUCGCCUGCGGCUACUGAGGACGAAGGCAGAUCGAUGGAUGUCGAGCGGGAUGCCGCAGAUAACGCCGUGUCUGCCAGACGCGGGCGACAGGCGCUGCCGCUUGAGCACUUGGAUGAAACAGCACCAGUGGCAGUUGCGUCCACCUCAGAGGCCUCUACUUCGGCUGCGGUUGGCGACCCAUCUGUUCUAGCUGAUCAGAUCGAAGAAGCCGACAGCGAGACAGACGAGGAAGACGAAUCGUCCGAGCAGGCCGGCAUCUACCUUGGCCUGCACAACGUGUCGAUUACGAUCCCGCAGUUCAUCUCUACCUUUGUGUCGUUUAUCGUCUUUUCGAUCCUGGACCCGGGCAAGUCAGAUGAGCUUACGGGUGGUAACGAGGCGCCGAAGGGAGUCAAUGCUAUUGGAGUGACGCUGCAGCUGGGAGGUAUCACCGCGCUCGGCGCUGCGUAUAUGACGUACAGACUGAAAAAGUCCUGA